AUGUCAGGGUACCGGGGUGAUCGCCGCGAACUUUCCGGCAGUGGCCGCAACGUGCGCCGCGAGCCAGAGGUGAAGUCUCUGCGUCCCCUGGGCGUCACCGGUCCUGGGGGUCCUGCCCGACGCCGCGCCUUGGAACAGAGCCCCGUCACGGCAUUCCUGCGUGAGAUCGGGCUCCCACAAUAUGCAGAGGUUCUGCGCGACCACGGCUUUGAUGAUAUGGACACCCUGCUUGGCAUGGAGGAGGAGCACAUGCGUGAUGCAGGCAUGCCUUCCGGCCACAUCGUGAAAUUGAAGAGGCGGCUGCGCGACUACGCUGAGACUUCCAGCCGUGCCCCAGCUGCUCUUGCGCGUGAAGCUCCACUUCCGAGGGGACCUUCAGGAACGACGGUCGCCAUCAACUCCAAUGCCAUGACGACGGUGCAGAUGAGCUGGCUUCAGGUGAAGCAGUUGGGCACAGACGUGGUCGGUGCGCUGUUCUACAAGAAGUUCUUCCAAUUUGAGCCUGCAGCAAAAGCCCUAUUCCCGCUGAGCGUGCGCCUGCGCUACAAAGAUUGGGACACUGAUGAGGAAGAGGGCGGUGAUCCAGAAAACUCGCCUGCCUUGAGAAAGUUGUGGGCAAAGUUUAUCACCGUUGUGGGGAGUGCCGUUGCCGGGAUUCAAGACUGCGCAAAACUGGUUCCAAACUUGCAGCAGUUGGGAAUCCGACAUGUGGGGUAUGGUUUGAAGCCAGAGUAUUUCAACAUCGCAGGAACAGUUCUGAUCGAAGUUCUGGCUGAGUGGCUGGGUGAGGGCUUCACCAAAGAAGUGGAGAACGCAUGGGUCAUGGUUUCCGGCUUUAUGGUGGCCACGAUGUAUGCCGGGUUUUCAUCAGCUUGUGCUGACAUCCGCGCGAAGGAGUUUCAAUUGAAAGAUCUCUCUCCCAAGCAAGGGUCUGCUGCAGGAAGUGUCACGGACAGCACUUCGUUGGCCUCAAGACAGAUUACUCCACUAGACAAAGACGCGGAUGAUGCCAAGGAUGGUUUUGAAAUUUCAGAUGACCUCCCAACGAUCCUCACUUCGCCAGAUCGGUUCAAUCAGUGGGACGAAAAGCCCUUUCCGUAG